UCCUACUUGGGGCUAGUUUACUAACACCUGCUUCCUGAACGCCAUCCUGUACCAGGUGUUAGGAGUGGGAUGGAGGAAGCUGAAAGAGAAGAUAGUUCUCUUUCUUAGUUCAUACUCUGGCUUCCCGGAGAAUUUUGCAAUAAGAAAAAAUAAUCUUCUGGACCAUAUCAAUGACUGCUAGAUUAAAUUCCUUAGAACACGACCUCUGUGACCCCCUGCUGCCUAGCGCAGUUAUCCACAUUGACCUCAUCACAGAGCCACCUGAGCCGCCCCUCCCCUGGGCAGUCCGAAUGUUUGGUUUGAGGAGGGUUCCAGAAGCCUGAGGUUUUAACCAGAGCCCAGGUGAUUCUGCUCAGAUCAAUCGAGAGCCCAGGUGAAUCUGCUCAGAUAAGGGAUCGAGCUCAGAUAAAUCGGUGGAACCCGGGCAAGUUCUGUCCUUUAGCUCAGGCUUGAAGGCCUCUGAGCAGCAAGACUCUGCAUGAGGACGCCGUCGCGAUCACAUCCAGUUGAGGCAUCUUCAGAUCCUCGGCUGUUUUCAAGCCCCAUUCCAAAUUGCUGCUACCCAUUUUGCAGCAGUGAUCUCUGUAAGUUGCUUGACGAUUCAUGAACUUCGUGCCAUUUGAUUUUCACUCUGACUUGCGAAGAAAAAGCAGAGCAGCUUACUUCUGCCUUGCAGCGGCGGACCGGGAGGCUCCCAGGGGCUAAGUUCAGCCUGCAAGCUCGAGAAGCUGCCAGGGCCGCAAAGCCCGCCCUCUUCCCACCCCGCCGGGCGACCUCCGUCGGCCUGCAAAACGUACGUGGGGACCACUGGCGUCGGAUCGGCCGCCCCCCUUGAGUUUCAGUUAUUUCUGGCUUUGUGACCUCAUCACGUUCGUCAUCGGUAAAAUGCCUGCCUCCCUUGUUCCGCCUACUUCACCAGGCUGUUGUGGAAACAAAAUGAGACGACGUAAUCGUUCCACGUGGGCGUUGGGAACCUCCAUGACAAGUGAUGCUGCCCCGAUGGGAGCUGUCUCUUUACCUGCUGGCUUCACUAGGCUUCCACUUCUAUUCUUUCUAUGAAGUUUACAAAGUCUCCAAAGAACAUGAAGAGGAACUGGACCGAGAGUUUGAGCUGGAGACCGACGGUUUAUUUGGAGGAUUAAAGAAGGAUCCAACUGACUUUGAGUGGAGCUUCUGGAUGGAAUGGGGGAAGCAGUGGCUGGUGUGGCUUCUCCUUGGCCACGUGGCAGUGUCUCAGAUGGCCACCCUGCUUGCAAGGAAGCACAGACCCUGGAUUCUCACGGGCUAUGGGGUGUGGGCCUGCUGGUGUGUGCUGGGGCUCCCAGGCGUGGCCAUGGUCUUGCUGCACGCCAUCAUCUCCUUCUGUGUGGCCCAGUUCCGGUCGCUGAUCCUGUCAUGGCUCUGCUCUCUCCUCUUGCUCUCCACCCUGAGGCUGCAAGGGGUGGAGGAAGUGAAGAGGAGGUGGUACAAGACGGAAAACGAGUACUACUUGCUGCAGUUCACGCUGACCGUCCGCUGCCUGUACUACACCAGCUUCAGCCUCGAGUUCUGCUGGCGGGAGCGGCCGGCUGAGCGUGCCGCCUACUCCUUCCCCUGGCUGUUGGCCUACGUCUUCUACUACCCGGCCUUCCACAACGGGCCCAUCCUGGGCUUCCCGGAGUUCGUCACACAGAUGCAGCAGCAGGAGGUCGGCUCCCCGAAGGCCAGCCUGCGCGUCCUCAUCUUGGGGCUGGGCCGCCUCCUGCUCUGGUGGUGGCUGGCCGAGCUGAUGGUGCACCUCAUGUACAUGCACGCCAUCUACGGCAGUGUCCCCCUGCUCGGGGCCGUCUCUUGCUGGACCUUAGGAGGACUGGCGUUGGCACAGGUGCUCUUUUUCUACGUCAAGUACCUGGUGCUCUUCGGGGUCCCGGCCCUGCUCAUGCGCCUGGACGGACUGAAGCCGCCGCCCCUCCCCCGCUGCGUGAGCACCAUGUUCAGUUUCACGGGGAUGUGGAGGUAUUUUGACGUUGGACUGCAUAAUUUCUUAAUCAGGUAUGUGUACAUUCCAGUGGGCGGGUCCCAGCACGGCCUGCUGGGGACACUGUUUUCCACCGCGAUGACGUUUGCAUUUGUGAGCUACUGGCAUGGAGGCUACGACUACCUCUGGUGCUGGGCAGCGCUCAACUGGCUGGGAGUGACCGUGGAGAACGGAGUCCGGAGGCUCGUGGAAACCCCCUGUAUCCGGGACAGUUUGGCCCGACACCUUUCUCCGGGAGUCCGCCGGCGACUGCACGCUGCCCUCGCGUCUUGUUCCACCUCGAUUCUGAUCCUGUCCAACCUGGUGUUCCUUGGGGGCAAUCAAGUGGGGAAGACCUACUGGAAUAGGAUCUUCGUGCAGGGCUGGCCAGGGGUGACCCUCUCUGUCCUGGGAUUCCUGUACUGCUAUGCCCACGUGGGCAUUGCCUGGGCCCAGACUUACGCCACGGACUGAUGCCAUGGGGCUCAGGCCAGCCCUCGCUGCUGGCCACUAAGGCAAAUGGUCCUUACCCUGACCUGCCACUUCAAGAUAAUCUCCAAGAAGAGAUCAAGACCUGCUCAUCUUCUGUUGAAGUGACUUCACUCCAGGGCUGGAAGCUUGAGCUGUCAUAGAAAAUUUACAGCCAGAUGAUCUAAACUUUGGAGCCUCACAGAUCUUCUACCCCCAACCCAUCAUUUUCCUGUUGAGCAAGCUGGGGUCCAUGGCGGUAGACUGCCUUCCCCAGCUAAACAUGGCGGCCUUUUGGUCUAGAACCUAGUCCCAUUGGGACUUCGGGUUCUUUCUCCUUUACCAGGAAUGAAAUAUAAUGGACAUUCCUUGAUUGAGGCAUAGAAAUCGUGAUUAGUGAUAGGCCUGUCCUCUACUGGGCAGAAUUUCAGAACGAUUUUGGUGACAUUUAAGACACCCCCUCCUUCAUGUCCCGCAGUGUGGUCUCUAGAACCAGCACUAGGCUCUGAGCUUCGUACUUCAGCUCCUCUGCAGGAAGGAGACAAAGUCUCUGCUCUGUUUCUCAUCACCUAGGCAAAGAAGUCGGAAGCAGCCCUGUGGCAUUCCAAGAAGUGUGUACCCAGGAAGUCCUGUGAUUUGAACUUCAUGAGGGUGAUCUACACGUGGCUGCUUGUUCCUGAGAUCUGCAGAGAACAUGGUAGUCCCUCUACCUGGCAGUUGUUUCACAAUAAGGAAUCUGAAUUUAAAAGCCACAGAAUAGAGUGUCCACAGAAACGUGCUACCAGGCAAGUCCCAAAGAUAAGGAUGGCUUCCUGGGGCCUUGUCUGUCUACCCUCUCCACGUAAAGUCCCAAGUCGUCAUCCUAUUCAGUGGUUUAUGCUCGGUGGUCUAUAUUGGUUUGUUUGGACUCAAAUGCAGCUUUUCUGUACAUAAUUUACAUUUUGGUAGAGUUCUUUGGAAUAUUUUUGAGGAAUUGUUUAAAAUCGGAAUACAUUUAUAUGACUUGAUUAUUCACUCUAGAAAGACACUGGAUAGCCUACCAAUGGCCCCAGUGGUAGAUAAUUCAGAAUACUUCUGUUUGGCUUGGGAUUUUGCGGUAGGGGGUGAAACAGCUUUAAAAUUCAAAUCCAUUGUGUAUCCAAUUAUGGGAGAACUUGUAACAUCUCAAGCACAUGAACUGUUGAGUGAAAAGGAGCUAGUGCUGUCUCAUAACAUGGUAUGGCCCUUGUGCCUGGGCUGUGGUUAUUGGCUCCAUGAGAUUUAAACUCCUGGAGUGCAGGACUAGUCUUUUCGUUGAGUUUCUUUUCCUUCCUAGCUGCUCCGCUUGGAAGAGAGCUGCAGGGGCCAGAUGUCGAUGGUCUGAGGUGGGCACAUUACUUGUUGGCUGAAAAGGUCAGAGGGGUUGGGUAGAGCUGGACAGCAGCAGCUUCAGGAACUGGUUUGAUAAAGGAGGGAAGGACGUGGUGCAGGCGAUUGCAGGGUGUGAGUUUUCAGGAGGGAAUGAGACUGGGGGAGGAGUCAGUGGCCAAAUGAAUGCAGUAAAACCUCAUGGACUGACAUGAUUUGUGGCCAGCCAGGGAGAGUGUGGAUGAAGUUUACUUGGAAGGAAGGGGCUUGCCAAGAAAAAAAAAAAAAAAA